CCGCAUCGUAAUUAAACAUAGCACCUUAUCAGUAGUCGUAAGCCAUCUUCCAUGAAAAUAAAGUAAAGUAUAACAAGAAAUAAAAAAACAAACAUCAUGGAAGCCAAAACUCAAAGUGAAGCUCCCGGCGCAAAGGAAAAUCCCCUGGGCGUGGUGUGGUCAUAUUCCAGCUUCCACAGAACACCAAGUGAGGAAACUCUACAGCUUAAAAAAACAAAAAAGAAAGAAAAACAAGAGGAGCACGUUAGAAAACCCAAAGACGAUACUCCCGCUCCAACAGCCAAAACUCAAAGUGAAGCUCCCGGCGCAAAGGAAAAUCCCCUGGGCGUGGUGUGGUCAUACUCCAGCUUCCACAGAACACCAAGUGAGGAAACUCUACAGCUUAAAAAAACAAAAAAGAAAGAAAAACAAGAGGAGCACGUUAGAAAACCCAAAGACGAUACUCCCGCUCCAACAGCCAAAACUCAAAGUGAAGCUCCCGGCGCAAAGGAAAAUCCCCUGGGCGUGGUGUGGUCAUAUUCCAGCUUCCACAGAACACCAAGUGAGGAAACUCUACAGCUUAAAAAAACAAAAAAGAAAGAAAAACAAGAGGAGCACGUUAGAAAACCCAAAGACGAUACUCCCGCUCCAACAGCCAAAACUCAAAGUGAAGCUCCCGGCGCAUGGGAAAAUCCCCUGGGCGUGGUGUGGUCAUACUCCAGCUUCCACAGAACACCAAGUGAGGAAACUCUACAGCUUAAAAAAACAAAAAAGAAAGAAAAACAAGAGGAGCACGUUAGAAAACCCAAAGACGAUACUCCCGCUCCAACAGCCAAAACUCAAAGUGAAGCUCCCGGCGCAUGGGAAAAUCCCCUGGGCGUGGUGUGGUCAUACUCCAGCUUCCACAGAACACCAAGUGAGGAAACUCUACAGCUUAAAAAAACAAAAAAGAAAGAAAAAAAUGACAUUGGGUCAUAUUGAGAGCUGUUUUUCCUGAGAUUUUUAUGUGAAGAUUAAACGUAAUGAAUACGAAGAUUAUUAAAACUAGUGUAGACUACAAUAUGUAAACAACAUCAAUGCGAAGUAAGUUGAUUCCUAGGGUUCCAGACGACCACGGUCAGUACCAGAAAGGAGCUGAAGUUCUCCAACGACUCCCCGGGGGGAUCAGAGAACAGCAUCCUCCAGAUUGGCGUCCACUCCAUCACCGAGAGCGUGGAGUAUUUGUGAUUUGUUGUGUUUUUUUUCGUAAAUAAACAUCUAAAUGAUCUUGUUUUUAA